AUGAAUCUAAGUGAUCUACUCUACCCAAGUAACCAACAAAGACGCCAGGAUGUGAUUGACCUGCACCAGGAACUUCUUGAUUACAUGAAACUUAAUUUUAAAGUUACCAACGAACUGAUUGGAACAAUGAAUGAACAUCUUGGAGCCAAGAUUCCAAACAUUACCAUGAAAGAUAGUGGGACUAUCAAAGACAACUGUGACAUUAUCAUCCAAGCCAUGAAUUCUAUUCAACAAGAGGUGCAAAAGCUUGAUAAAGAAAUAAGGAAUAGGCUAGACCCAGGGAUGUACCAAAAGCUUUAUGAUAUCAAACAGCCUGAGCUGGAGAAAAUUGCAAUAGCUGAUCAAAUGGUCUCCAUUAUACUUGGAGAGGCUACUGCUUCUGCAGGUGCAGUAGCUAUAAAAAUAAUAUGUUCAAAUAUUGUAACAUUUACUGUUAACAAGCUGGUUGCUCUGCUUGCUCAAAUUGGGAUAUCUGUUCUUGGAGGCAUUGCCAUUACUGUCUUUGGUCUGGGUAUAGAUGUGAUUCUUCAUGCCAUCCUGGGAGCUGUAGAAAGGGAUCACCUUCUAGCAUCGAUUCAAAGUUAUGAGAAACAUCUAGUUGAAUUUAGAGAAGCUUCUGAGAUAUAUCAAUGUGUCAUCAGUGAAAUAAGUGCACUGGUGAAGGAUAGCACUAAAUUAAUGUGA